ACACUUAUUCGAUGUAUCUAUUUUUCAUUGAAAAUGAAUAAUGCUAUUUUGAAGUUGUUAAGCGUAUUGAUAUGGCUUCGUGGCGUAUUUGCUGAUGAUUGUGAAGUAGAAUACGAAGCAGCAUUCAAUGAAGAUAUAUGCUCCUGCAACAAUUUCGACAACAAAAUAGUAAAUUUUGAAGGAUUGAAGUUGAGCGGUAGUGAAAGUGGUGAGAGUGACAGGCAAAUGAGCAUGAAAGGCAUCAUAUCGCUGAGUAAAGAAAUCGAAGAAGGAAAUGCGGUACAAAUUGAGAUUUAUAAGGAAACAGAUUUAGGCAAUAAGGAGUUUGUAAAUGGCGCUCGAUGGGAUAUCUGUCAGAAUUUACACAACACUGACGCGCCAUGGUAUCCUUUACUGGAAUGUUUGGGAAUCUCCGAAUGUCCUAUUCUUGCUAAAGACUACGCAAUCGAAGAACUAUUUAUAUCAUUGGACAGCGUCAAAAAUGUAAUGACCCAUGAAUUCUGUGGAGACUACGAAGUCCAUUUGUGUCUUGUUGACGAUUUGGAGACUCUCUCCUGUCACAUCGUAAACCUGGCAAUAGUGGAAACGCUCGGGGAAAACUGUAAACGCUGAAUAAACCAUUACAAGCAA